AUGUCUGCCACGUGGAACAAACAAGUUCAAGUUACUUUCAGUGGAGUUUCACUCGCCAACGAGGAGAUAAAUAUCCAAAAGUUUCCUUUUGUCAUAAAUCCUCGUUCGCGUCUUUUUCGACACUGGGAAACCGUUAGCUCCAUUUUCAUAUUUUUAACCUGUCUGAUUGUCCCUUACCAAGCAAGCUUUGACUCACAAAGUUCAACGCUUUGGGCUUUGGCUUACAUUUUUGAUGCGCUAUAUCUCGUGGAUGUGUCGCUGAGAUUUUUGGUUGGAUAUUUCAGCAAAGGAACACUCAUCACCGACCGAUCGCUUAUUCGGCGCCGUUAUCUCCGUGGCAUGUUUAUACCGGACUUACUGACCCUUUUACCACUGGAUCUGCUGGCUUUUGGAGUUGGCACACAUCUCAGAUGGCAUCAGACAUUGACCUUGUUGAGGCUCAACCGUAUUCUGAGAGUACUCCGGCUGCUGUCAUUUUUCGGAGCACGAGAGAACGAACUGGGAACUAAUACGCCACUCAUCCGGGCAUUGAAAGAUGCUUCAAUCGGUACGAUUACGAUUCAUUUGAUGUCAUGCGCGUGGUAUUCUCUGGCGUGUCCCAAUAUAGGAGCUGCUGAAACGUCAUGUGACGCCGAAAGCUGGGCGGUGAAACUUAAAACAGUUAAUUUACGGCACAACUAUUUCUAUCGAUAUUUGUCUUUUUCAUUGCAGCGUAAUAUGGAGAUAUCCCCCGACGUACGUUACAGAGUCUUGGCUUACUACGAAUAUUUGUGGACACAUAAUCAUGGCGUAAGUGGAGUAGGCAUGUUCAAUGAUUUACCCCUGACCCUCCAAGCUGAACUAUCUCUUAUGAUCAACAAAAAGGUUUUGGAGAAGGCUCCUCUGUUCAGAGGUCUUAACCCUGGUUUUAAGCGCAUGCUCUCUUUGGUUAUACGCCCCGUGUUCUAUAUGCCAAAUCAGAUCAUAGCGAGCAAGGGAGACAUUGGACAUCACAUGUUCUACAUUCACCGCGGCCGAGCAGAGAUUCUUUGUGAAAAUGAAAGCACAGUGUUAGUGACUAUGAAUGAGGGGAAACUGUUCGGUGAACAUUAUUUUCAGGUGAGUAUGGUGUAUAAUUUUCCACGAUCAGCGUCUGUUCGUGCUGCCGCUCCGUGUGUCAUCUUUGUUCUUGACAGGGCAGAUCUCAACAGAGUUCUUAAACAUUACCCUGGAGGUGGGUUUUAGUGCCCGUUUAUUCCAUUGCCGUCAUCUAGUAGUUUGGAUAACCCCCGACGGGGAUACUCUCAGAAAUGUUUGGUGGGGGUGUGUGCGGCCCCCUCCCCAAAACCCUUACCACUAUUUAAGACCAAAAUCUGCGAUUUUAAAUUCUCCUACCUUAGCUAUUUAUGUCCUGACUGUAAAUUCGAUACCUUAUUUAAGACCCGACCCUUAAAUCAAUACCCUGUUUUAGACCUGCCUUAUGAUGAUGAUGAUUUUUUUAAAAUAAAUUUUUAUUUGCAUACAAUAGAGUCAGUUACCUAACUUGCAUUACUAAUACUUAUACAACUAACAUUACAAUACAUUUACGUGUACAGCAUAAAA